GAGCAAACACAACCAAUAACACAUGUGUUGUGAAAGAAUAUUUCAAGUGCAUUAUUUUAGAGCUUACAACACAAUAUAUGUAUACUAAUGACAAGAGAGAAAUUGGGCGAAACUGUGAUUUUACGAGAGAGGUUAAAGAUGCAGUGAGUGACAGCGAGCGCGAGGACCCCUGAAGACGCAGCACGGAUCUAUAGAGGAGCCACCCGAAGAUUGCGAGGAUAAAGUCGGCCCUGUAGGCAACGUCCACACCUCCAUCCUCUCUCUCUCUCCGCACGUUCAUCUCAUCCCGACCUCAGAGCUCUGACAUUCUCCACAUCCUCGACCCAAUGAAGGAGCCCGACGCCAUCAAACUCUUCAUCGGGCAGAUCCCGCGCAAUCUGGAGGAGAAGGACCUCAAGCCCAUCUUUGAGCAGUUCGGCAAGAUCUACGAGCUGACUGUGAUCAAGGACAAGUACACAGGCGUGCACAAAGGAUGUGCCUUUCUGACGUAUUGUGCACGGGAGUCAGCCAUUAAAGCACAAAGUGCUCUUCAUGAACAGAAAACCCUGCCAGGGAUGAAUCGGCCCAUUCAAGUGAAGCCUGCAGACAGUGAGGGGAGAGGAGAGGACAGAAAGCUGUUUGUGGGGAUGUUGGGCAAGCAGCAGUCUGACGAGGACGUGAGGAAGAUGUUUGAGCUGUUUGGGAGCAUUGAUGAGUGUACGGUACUGAGAGGACCUGACGGCACCAGCAAAGGUUGUGCGUUUGUGAAGUUCCAGAGUCAUUCAGAGGCCCAGUCUGCCAUUAACAGUCUGCAUGGAAGCCGAACUCUGCCUGGCGCCUCCUCCAGUCUGGUGGUGAAGUUUGCGGACACAGAGAAGGAGCGCGGGAUGCGGCGCAUGCAGCAGGUGGCCUCGCAGCUCAGCAUCUACAGUCCAGUGACACUCAACUUUAAUGCAUAUAAUGCCUACACACAAGCAGUGCUUCAGCAGCAGGCGCUGGCUGCGCAGUCAUCGUACCUGUCACCUGUAUCUACAGUAGCGGCGCUGCAGAUGCAGCAGAUGGCAGCACUCAGUGCUAACGGCAUCAUAUCCGCACCCAUCACACACGCUUCAGGUGAAUGCUACCUUCACCACACCAGCAGCCUUACAGCAGAACUACUCGGGCUUCAGGAAAGAGGUGCAAACACUCCACCCACUAUCGCAGCCACUCCCAUCUCGGCUCUGGCUCCACUAAUUGGACUGAACGGCUAUAGUCCCGUACCGGCAACCAACAAUGGACAGCCAGCAUCAGAAAUCUACUCUAAUGUUUAUCCAUAUCAAGCUCAGAGUCCUGCGUUAGAUCCGCUCCAGCAGGCGUACGCAGGCAUGCAGCACUAUACAGCAGCCUACCCGACUGCAUACGGAUUGGUCAGCCAGCCGUUUCUACAGCAACCCACCCUGGUUGCCCAGCAACAACCGCAGCUACAGCGAGAAGGUCCUGAGGGGUGUAACAUCUUCAUUUACCAUUUGCCUCAGGAGUUCACUGACUCAGAAAUGCUCCAGAUGUUUCUGACGUUCGGUAACGUAAUUUCUGCAAAAGUCUUUGUCGAUCGGGCCACCAAUCAAAGCAAGUGCUUCGGCUUUGUGAGCUUUGAUAACCCAGCGAGUGCUCAGACAGCCAUCCAGGCCAUGAACGGAUUUCAGAUCGGCAUGAAGAGACUCAAAGUGCAGCUGAAAAGGCCGAAAGAUGCCAACAGACCCUACUGAGACCCAGACAGGAUGGAGAUUAUUAGGCUUUCACGCAGCAGACGGACUCCAGACGCUGAGCUGCACAGCUGAAUUGCUAACAUGAGAUGUUUGUUAUCUUGCAUGCUCACAUGUGUGUGUAUAUGCAAAGGACAAAUAUAAGAUCAUGUACAUAAAGUGCAUUCAAACACACACACACACAC